CAGCAUGGCAUUUAAUGAGAGCACCGCGCAAUGAAAGCUCUUCCUCGCAUAUGGGGUAACUUAGCGUUGAGGAAAAUAAAGAUAAAGAAAAUAGUCAAUAGAAUCGUAGUGGUAGACCAAAAUAGCUCAAUUGCCAUGGACAUUGUAGAAGAGAACGUAAGAGAGUUGAGGCAAUACUUCAAAACUGGAAAAACCAAAAGUGUGACAUGGAGGAAAAACCAGCUCACAGCUCUUCUAGACCUUGUUCAUGAGAAUGAAGAAGCUAUAUUUAAGGCCCUCCACCAAGAUCUUGGAAAGCACCCUGUUGAGGCUUAUCGUGAUGAGAUUGGAGGGGUUGAAAAAUCAGCCAACAACUCUUUGAGCUGCGUUGAGAAAUGGAUGGCCCCUAAAAAGAGUAAUAUUCCUAUGCUUUUCUUCCCAGCUAAAGGAGAAGUGUUGUCAGAACCACUUGGUGUGGUUCUCAUAUUUUCUUCUUGGAACUUCCCAAUCAUGCUGGCAUUGGAUCCAUUAAUUGGAGCAAUAUCUGCUGGAAAUGUUGUAGUCAUAAAACCUUCAGAGCAAGCUCCAGCAUGCUCUUCUUUUCUUGCUAAUACCAUUCCUCGGUACUUGGACUCUAAUGCCAUCAAGGUGAUUGAGGGAGGAGCAGAUGUCUGUCAACAACUGCUACUACAAAAAUGGGACAAAAUAUUCUUCACUGGAAGUCCACAUGUAGCAAGCAUAGUCAUGUCUGCUGCUGCAAAGAAUUUAACUCCUGUUACUCUGGAGUUGGGUGGAAAAUGCCCUGCCAUACUUGGUUCCCUUCCCAAUCCUUCAGAUUUUAAGUUGGCAGUGAAGAGAAUUGUAGGAGGAAAGUGGGGACCUUGCAGUGGACAGGCUUGCAUAGGAAUAGACUAUUUGCUUGUUGAGGAGAAAUUCUCAUCUGCUCUGAUAGAACUAUUAAAGAAGAUAAUCAGAAGAUUUUAUGGAGAAAACCCGGAGUCAAUGGUAAUUUCGAGAAUAAUAAACAAACAUCACUUUAAGAGAUUAUGCAAUCUUCUCAAAGACCCUCUUGUUGCUUCUUCCAUCGUUCAUGGUGGUUCAGUUGAUGAAGAAAAGUUGUUCAUUGAACCUACAAUAUUGUUAGAUCCUCCUCUAGAUUCUCAGAUAAUGACAGAAGAAAUAUUUGGCCCACUGCUUCCUAUAAUCACAAUUGAUAAAAUUCAGGGAAGUAUUGAAUUUAUCAAUGCAAGGCCAAAACCUCUUGCAAUUUAUGCCUUCACUAAAGAUGAAACUUUCAAGAGACAGAUUAUAUCAGAAACAUCCUCAGGAAGUGUCUUAUUUAAUGACACAAUGGUUCAAUUUUUAUGUGAUACGCUACCAUUUGGAGGUGUUGGCCAGAGUGGUUUUGGGAGGUACCAUGGGAAGUACUCCUUUGACACUUUUAGCCAUGAAAAAGCUAUAAUGCAUAGAAACCUGCUACUUGAAAUUGAACCAAGGUACCCUCCUUGGAGUAAGUUCAAGCUAGAGUUUAUCAGAUUGGCAUACAAGCUGAACUACUUUGGAUUAUUAUUGCACAUGCUGGGCUUCAAACUGGGUUUGAUAAAACACACCUAGAUCACUACCUCAGCACAGUGUUCAUCUAUUCCUCAAAUACAUGAUUCAAAACGCAUUAAGCUUUAUUGUACCUGAAGAUGAGUUGAGGAAAAUUUGGUAUAAGGGUCCUUGCAGAAGUCACACAUGUAGUGAACACCAACUUGGCAUUGUAAUAAGUGAACCUCUGUAUUUCUUAUUUUUCUUGCUAGUAAUCGGAUGUUUCUACUUCUAUUGUUUAACA